GUGGAGCAGCUCAAGAGCCGCGGCCUGUUCGACGGCUUCCGCCGCGACUGCCUAGCCGACGUGGACACCAAGCCAGCCUAUCAGAAUUUGAGGCAGAAAGUGGACAACUUUGUAUCUACCCAUCUGGACAAACAAGAAUGGAAUCCAGCAAUGAACAAAAACCAGUUACGAAAUGGGCUAAGACAAAGCGUGAUUCAGUCAGGAAUGCUGGAAGCUGGAGUGGACAGAAUUAUUUCUCAGGUGGUGGAUCCAAAACUAAACCACAUCUUCAGGCCACAGAUAGAGAAGGCGAUUCAUGAGUUCUUGGCUGCGCAAAAGAAGGAGGAAAGUGUGCCAGCUCCCCCACCAGAGCCCGAGAAUAAGGAUCCUCCUGCUCCAUCUCAGGAUGCAUCUUAAAGGUCUUGUAUCUCUGCACUUACUAUUUAGAGUUUU